AUGGUAUUUACUGAAAUUAAAGCUGAAAUUAAAGAUUCAGAAGACAUUCAGUACUGUUUUAGUUCAUUAAAUGGUUCUUGUAGUAAGGAGCCUCGACCCAUGACCACAAGGACACUUCUUUACAUCUUAUUUUCAGUUGGAAUAAUGACAACAAUCUGUGGAAACCUGAUGGUGAUUAUUUCAAUCUCACACUUUAAGCAGCUUCACUCACCAACCAACUUUCUGAUCCUCUCACUGGCUGUAGCUGAUCUUCUUGUAGGACUAACUGUUAUGCCUUUUAGCAUGAUCAGGACAGUAGAAAACUGUUGGUACUUUGGAGAUAUAAUAUGUGUUCUACAUAACAGCUUUGAUGUCUCCCUUACUUCAGCUUCAAUCAUUCACCUGAUAUUUAUUGCUAUUGAUCGUUACUAUGCUAUUUGUGAUCCAUUACAUUAUACAAAUAAAAUAAACAAUAAUGUGGUAGGAAUAUACGUGACAGUUAGUUGGAUUUUUCCUGUCAUAUAUACAUGCAUUUCACUAUUUUCCAGAGCAAUAAUAGAUGAAAGUAGUUAUAUCACAACAAAUAUCUGUCUAGGUAGUUGUCAUAUUAUUUUUAAUGAAACACUUAGUAUUGUAGAUUCCCUUAUAUCUUUUUUUAUACCUUGCUCAUUAAUGUUGUGCAUGUAUGUCAAAGUUUUCUUUGUUGCCCAACGGCAUUUAAAAGCAGUAAACUCUGUUGAAGCAAGUUUUAGGGUACGGCUAGGAAGAAAAAUGGCACAAAGUAGUGACCACAAAGCUGCAAAAAUAUUAACAGCAGUUAUGAGUGUGUUUAUUCUGUCAUACCUUCCAAUAUUUAUUGACUCAUCUAUUGAUCCAUACAUUAAUUAUUCUACCCCUACGAUUGUUUCUGAUGCAUUAUUAUGGCUGGGAUAUUUUAACUCUGCAUGCAAUCCUAUUGUGUACGCAUUCUUUUAUCCUUGGUUUCAGAAAGCACUGAAGCUGAUAGUGUCAUUCAAGAUAUUUAAAGCUGGUUCAUCGUCUUUAAAAUUAUUUUCAAAUAACUCCUAA